GUGGCUAUAAAUAUAACGCGACUGCUAUCGAAUUAUCAGUAAAUUCAGUGAGAUGAAAGCCUUCCUCGUGAUUUGUGCCCUGGCUCUGGCAGCAGUCGCCACCCAGGCCCGAACGUUGGACAGAUGCUCCCUGGCCAGAGAGAUGGCCAAGCUGGGUGUGCCCCGCGACCAGUUGGCCAAGUGGAGCUGCAUCGCCCAGCACGAGAGCUCCUACCGCACCGGCGUGGUGGGUCCGGCCAACUCCAACGGCUCCAACGACUACGGCAUCUUCCAGAUCAACAACAAGUACUGGUGCAAGCCCGCCGACGGUCGCUUCUCCUACAACGAGUGCGGACUGAGCUGCAACGCCCUCCUGACCGACGACAUCAGCAGCUCCGUGAAGUGCGCCCAGAAGAUUCAGCGCCAGCAGGGAUGGACGGCUUGGUCCACCUGGAAGUACUGCAGCGGAUCCCUGCCCUCGAUCGAUGGUUGCUUCUAGUCCGCCUGCGCCCGAAGUGUGGCUGCCAAGUCAAACCAAGAAACCUCCAAAUAAAGCGGGUUCGAAGUUUCUGUGAGCUGAAGACAUCUGGCUAUCGCCAGUAUAUAUAAUUAGCUUCAUAGACUUUUGGCUUUUACGAUGUUCAUGCACCUCAA